UAGUGUUUUCCUUUUGACGCUUGCUCCUUGUUCGGUGUUUUCAAAGAGCUGAUAAUUUUAUAAUUCAAACUAAAGUUUAAUUGUAUAGCUUGUAGAUUUAAUUCAUAAAAAUGAGUAGCAGCGAAUCAGACUCGGAAGCUCAUUCUUCAGACGAAGAGCUACAAGAAGCAUUUGCAAAAGGGUUAUUAAAGCCCGGAUUAAAUAGUGUAAUCGAAAUUGAGAAGAGCGAGCACAAAAAUAAUGUGAAAUUAAUGAAGGAGAAACUGAACCAGAUGGCCUUGAAGCUCCCUUGGGUUGAAAGGUUGGACUUAAUAAAUGCACCAGCACCUCUUGCGCCUGAAUUGGCAUUGCAGAUGCAGGAACAGGAAAUCAGGCGAGCGAAGCAACUGAAAGGAAACAAGAAACUACCACAAUACAAUCCUUCCGAAGAUCCAGUGCUCAAUGACUUCCGCAGAGAAACCAUGUUCCACAGACAAGCACAAGGAGCCGUCAUCGAUGGAAUUGCACGAUUAAAAAAGCUUGGACUCCCAACAAUUAGACCCGACGAUUAUUUCGCCGAAAUGGUUAAAACUGACGAUCACAUGCAGAAAGUCCGGGAAAACUUGAUGAAGAAGCAAUUUGAGACUCAGCGUUCCGAGAAAGUCAGGCAACUCAGGACUCAAGCAAAAGUUGGCAAACAGAUGCAAAUUGAAGCCACUUUGAAGAAACACGCUGAAAAGAGGCAAAUGCUGGAGGAAAUUAAAAAGUAUCGAAAAGGAAAAAGACAAGAUCUUAAUUUCCUGGAUGACAAGAAAACCUCUCAUAAAUCUUUAAAGAAAAAAUCAGAGGCCAAAAUGAAAAUAAAAAAUAAGAAAUUUGGUUUUGGAGGUAAAAAGAAAGACUCUAAGCGAAAUACAAAAGCAAGUUCUGCAGAUGUCUCGGAAUAUCGCAGACCAUUCAAGCCUGGUGGCAAAGGGAAGAGGGGAAGCCAGACACAAGGUAAUCGUCCUGGAAAAAAUCGAAGGCAGAAGAUAAAAAACAAAAAGUGAGGAGGUGAAUGGGGAGAAAGUGAAGAACAUUUAAAUAAAUGAUUAAUUGUAUAGUUAGAUAAUUAAUCUAAGAUACUAAGGGCUGAUUAAUUUAAUGAGUAAUCAAUUGAUCAAAGUAUAAGAAAAAAAGUUCACGAGUCUUGUAAGUUUCUUUAAAAAUAAUAAUAAAGAAUUCUUUUUAAAAUUC